AUGGCACCCCACUUCGAAGGGACCACGCCAAUGUACUGCGACAACCUCGACCUGCUCAGAUACCCUCCCCUUCCUCGCGGCUGGGAGGUCUUCUACCAUCCCAGAAACGGCGACGUCUACUACUGGAAUCGCGACGAGCGCGUUAUCACGGAGGACGACAUUUGCGAUGCCUCCGUUCUCACUGGUGUCUUGCGCGCGAAGGGCAAGGCCAUGCGCGAGCUGCAGCGGCGCGGCCUCCAUGAAUUGUUUUGCACUGAUCAGGGAAAGCUGAAGGGGUCCUGGGAUUUGAUCAUAGGGGAUGGGGGCCCGCUCUCUCUCGUAGGGUGGAGAUUGGAGGAGCUAUACGAAUUCGUCGAGGACGAGGAGCGAUACAUCGAGCAUUCCUCGGAGAGGGUAUUCUGGCUUCGGAUCGCCGAGUUCCCUUGCCACCAUUCCAAUCUUCUGCGGCGAACCGAGCAACAGAUGAUGCACAUAAGACAUCGUCAUCCUCGACUGAUGAACGCUCUGCUCAAGCGCCCUGGCAACAUGGAGCUAUACAAGGAGUAUCGUGUGUUUCGAGAUGAGGCUCUGGCCAGGACGCCAAGCAGGUAUUGUGACGAUCUGCCAGCCGUCGUGUGGCGGCUCGCGUGCCUACUCAGCGAGGCGCACGAGAUGGCGGACGCGCGCAAUAUUUCCCUAGAGAGACGUUCCAGUAGAGCGUCAUCGUCAUGA